AUGUACCGUCCUUUGUACCUUUUGGGUAUCGAAGACCUUGAAAUCUCUUACGAUGCCCUCAGGGAUAAAGCUGCUGGCUAUUAUCGUCAAGGCGGAGAUCUGGUCAAAUUUUCCGAGUGUCUCUAUCAGUUGGAAGAUUACAGCGGAUUGGAGCGACUAAUCGAGGAAUUACCCGAAGGUCACGCCCUACUCCCAGAACUGGCUUCACGUUUUGCCAGUAUAGGCUUAACGCAACAGGCAGUGUAUGCCCUAAUCAAGUGUAAUCAAGUUCGAGAAGCUGUCAAUAUAUGCGUUGAAUUGAAUCACUGGAAUAUGGCCUUGGAACUAAUCAAUCAGCAAACAAGCACAUCGAAUCGGAGCGCAGAUUUACAAAGGCAACAAUACCAAGAACUGGAUCGCAUGCUUCAACAGUCCGCUUCGAAGUUAAUAAAACAAGGACGACGUAUUCAAGCAGUAGAAUUGUAUAAACGUGCUGGUCGGCUACUAAUGGCUUCUCAACUCAUGUUUCAGGAGGCUCAACUGGCGACCAAAAAUAGGACUGCGAGUCCGUUGCAGUUGAAGAAGAUGUACGUGGUCAUUGGUUUACUUAUGGAGCAAUACUACGAACAAACAAAAUUGCAAGCGUCAGCAAAAACGAAAGCCGAAUCCACUACUGGAGGAGUUGUUCAGGCUAGUUCAGCUUUGGCCGGCCUGUUAUUAGAAGAACAGGAACGAACCAUGAAACAUCCUACCGUGGACAAGGAUGCGAUUGGAGGAGCUCAGUCGAAUGGUCUUUCAUUUGAUCGGAAAAAUAUGGACACUUUUUGGGAAGACAAGCUUGUUCGAGCACAUCGCACGGUAUCGAGAAAACUGGGGUCCAGUGACAAUAAGCAGAAUUCCGUUUCCGCAAUUCGUAAUUCAGAUGAUGCCGAGGAUGUGAUUGAACAGAUUGGGAAUAGUCGGGAAUUCGGUCGUCUUAUUGAUCAACCGUGGCGUGGAGCAGAAGCCUAUCAUUUUCUCUUGUUGGCCCAAAAACAACUGUAUUCCGGUGCUCUGGAUCAUGCGUUGCGUACUGCACAAUUGCUACGAGAUUACGAGGAUAUUUUGGAUCCACGGGUAACCUAUUCUUUGAUCGCUCUCUGUGCCUGCCUGGGUAAAGCAUUUGCCACAUGUUCGAAAGCAUUUAUCAAACUGGAAAAUCUGCCAGACAUCUCUCCGGAAGAACGCAUUGCAUUUGAAAACCUGGCUGUGGAAAUAUUUACCAGGUAUCAGCCAAUCAAUGAGCAACGAAAAGGUGACUCGGCGGAAAUGGACUCAAUGCUUGAAAGCGAGACAAAAAUCCCGAUUUGCGUAGUGACGGGUCAACCGGUUACCGAUUAUCAAUUCUGGAUGUGUCCCACGUGCCGGCAUAGCGCGUACGAACAGGAGAUCGCCCGAUUGCGCAACUGUCCACUAUGCCACUUUCCGGUGCAGUAA